AUGUGGCCGUUUGGGCGAAGACGCAGAAAGGCCGCUAAAUUCAAAGACGGACCCACUGAGGUUACAGACAGGAAGCGGCCUGUCGCAGAGCAAACCAACACGAUUCAGACGAGCAAUGGACCGCGGCGAGGGCCCAGCCAACGCCAGCGCCGCAGAAGGGGUAGUUCACGCUCCACUGCCGCCUCGCUGCGCGGCGUUGAAAAGACGCUUCCCGAACCCGCCUUUGCAAAAGAGUGGCCCCCGUCGAGUGCCGAAGACAUCACUGCCCUGCCCAACCAGCACCGCCUGGCUCACAGCCCGCACCUGCGCCCAAUAACGCAGGAACACGCCGGCAUCCCCUACAACUUCCACUCCUCGCACUCGUACGCCAGUCUGCCGCCCUCUGCAAAGGACCGUGGCAAGCUCCAGCGACCCCAGUCCAUGCGCAGGGAUCUGGCUACCGACUCUUCCCUGGUCCGCAGCAAGUCUAGCAAGAGGCGAAAAGAACAUGAUCACGUCCGCGAGGAGGAGAUCCGCGCCAUGUCAUUUCCCAUGCCUCAGAAACGUCCCGCUGCCAACUCUGGCGGCAUGCUCCGCAGAGACAGCAAGAAGGUCAAGGGCGCCCUAAACCACCGCUUCGAGCGUCCCACGUCAAACGUAUCGCUGCCCCUCGAAAACUCCAUCCAUUCAUCCAUGUCUGGCAACUCAGACAACCGUGCCUUCCGAGUGAGUGCACUCGACAUGUUCUCACCCCGGCCAACCAUCCGCGUCUCAGUUGGCUCCAACCACUACGCCAGUGACCGCAUGUCACCCAACAUCUACAGCGAGAAAUCCACACGCCGACCGAUUAGCAGUAGUGCAGACGAGAAAGCGAGCAGAAGGACAAGCCGAAUCGACGAUCUCGCCGACGAACUCGACGCCGGAGCACUACGCGACAUCUUAGAACGAGACAAGAGGCGGAGAGAAAAGAAGGCCAGGGCCGACCAAGAACGGUUACGGCGAAGACUAGAACGUCGUGCAGAGAAACAAAAUGCCAUUGAAGCAAGAGGCACACCUGCAACUCCCCGCAAGGAGGGCACAGGCAUGGUCGGUCUCGGUAUCGAGCGAGAGGCGCCCAUGCCUAUGGAAGGUGUCCGCUCAUCUACACCACCUCAGCCGCAGCAAUUAGAGAUGCCCGUUACACCUCGUGCUCAGGUCAACAACCAACUGCCGACACCGCUGGAAAGCCCUACCGAAGAACCUGUAGUAUCCAAUGCCCGGCAAGUUCGCUACUCACGAGGCAGCGCCUCGGCGCAAGUCCACACCCGCGGACCAUCCAACGCCUCCAUCCUACCAGAACUCAUCUCAGAGAAGCUUGCAAACGAUACGCCUGUAGAGUCUGUUGAGCAUGGGCACGAUGCCACUCGAAGCGGCUCGCUGCACCCUAUUGACACCACCGACACCUUUGCCACGUCGAAGCAGGGCUCCUCUACACGCCGGCGUAGUUCAGAGGGCAGACGUAUGGGUGUGUUUGCGUCACUUUUCCGAAGAGGGAAACGCAACUCGCAAGACCAAGCACGACCUACGCCAUCCGAGAUCUCCUUUUCCAACACUUCGCGAGAGUCCAUGUCUCGCCAACCCCUCCCGCCUCAUUUGGUUGGAACCGCACCUCCUACCCAACCUAUCCAGAUCCUGAGACCUUCCAGCGUGCCCCGGCGGACAAUGUCCAAAUUCAGGGAAGAUCUACCAGAAUUCCCUCUAUCACCCCCGGAUUCUCGCGUGCAGUCACCAGAAGUUCCCUCGACGAGCAUCAUUGCUGCCCGGCGCAGAAGCCAGCAUCUCUCAGACCUCCAUGUUGGGUCGCUUCCGGGAGAUCGAUCCGAUUCUCCAGUCAGUCCAAGUGCACCUGUCAACGUCAUGUCACAAUCACUUGCCUCGGUCGACUCUGAGGCAUCGUGGCUUUCUGGUCGACCACCGAAGCGAGCGUCAAACAGAUCGCAGAUACGCUCCAGUCUGACGUCUUCAGCUCCGCAACGGAAUGACGACUUCAAUGCAUCCUAUGAGGAGUUGGGCAUGGCCGAUGAUGAAUACUUCAAGAGACUGACGCCGCUGCCAGACCACAGAGGUCGAUCCCCUCAUUCAAGCGAUGAUCGGGGACGUAAGGCUAGCAGUACGCUUAUGAGACUAGAUGCUGCGGCUGAAUCCGAUGAGGAGGUUGCGCCUCCGUCCGCACAACUGCCGUCUGGUCAGGAGGAAGAAUUCGUCCAAAGUAGUGUCGGCCGCCAGCCUACUAUUAUUCACCGCCGACCCCGUGUCAGGUCGACUGAAGGUCUUCUCAGCAUGUUCCUCGAUGAUACUGAGGAUAAAUCAUCCAAGGUUGCCGAUAUGGGCCAAGGGUCAUCCGACCCGGAUUCACCAACGUCCCCAACGUCGGAAACCGAACCAGUGCUGGUACAACGCGCUAAGAGUGUCGAUCUCGGAAAAGGCCAUGGUCACGUUCGUCAUCUCAGCGUUGGUUCCGCAAGACUUCUGGAUAUUCAGAAGCGAUCGAGCACACCAGUACACGGCCGGUCGCACAGUAGGAUGUCCGAGCAGGAGUAA